AUGUCUGAAGAAGUUGCAAAUAAUAAGACAGAAACAGUGAGCACUGAACAACAGAAGUCUCAGUCAGGAGAAGAUGGUCUUGCCAAAUUAACUCUUUUUGUUCGUGGUAUUCCUUACGAAGCAACCAACCAAGAUCUUGAAGAUUUUUUUGGUGAAAUCGGACCUGUUCGUAAAUGCUUCGUCGUUGCAGAUAGAUCAGCUUCCUCAGCAACAGAGUUUAGAAACAAAGGCUUUGGUUAUGUACAUUAUGCUUUAGAAGACGAUGCCAAAGCUGCUAUUGAAAAAUUAAAGGACGCUAAAUUUAUGGGCAAGAGAAAACUAAAGAUUGAUUUUGCGAAGAGAAGGUCUGAAACGCAGACUCACGAUAAUAAGGAAGAAGAAGGCUCUAAAAAACAGCAACAAAAGAAAAAGAAGAAGGAGAAAGCCAAUAAACCUGAAGGACCUACUGAGUUUGACGUCAAUGCUCGUUUGAUUGUUCGUAACCUACCUUGGAAAUACAGAGAAAACGAUCUCAAGAAGUUAUUUGAAAAGUAUGGUAAAGUCCAUGACGUUAAGUUACCUCGUAAAUUUGAGGGUGGUCCCUUACGUGGAUUUGCGUUCAUUCAAUUUGAAACGGUCGAGCAAGGACAAGCUGCCAUGGAUGCUUUAAAUGCAACAGAACACCAUGGUAGAACCAUAGCUGUUGAUUGGUCAAUUCCCAAGACGCAGUACAAGGAAAUUGAGGAAAAGGAAGCGACUGAAUCUGCGGAAACUGCAGUUAAACAGGAAGACGUCGAGAUGACUGAUGAUAUUGAGAAGAAGGAGGAUGUUGAAGUUGAAAUGGAAGAAGAUGAACAACAUAGCGACGACGAUGAUGUGAAGGAUGCUGAAGCUGAGGAUGUUGCAAUGAAAAUGGAAGAAGAGUCAGAUUCUGAAAAAAGUGAAGAAGAAGCUAACUCUGAUGCAAUGGAAGAAGAUGAAGAUGAGAACGACGAGAAUGAUGAAAGUAGCAGUGAUGAAAGUGAUGAUGACAGCAAAGAUGACACUGAUAAAGCUAGCGUAAAAGCUAAUACAGAUAAAGAAGCGAAGAAAAAGACUCUUCCCACAGCAGCAGACGGAACGACUUUGUUCGUUCGUAAUCUGUUGUUCGAAUCUAAGGAGCAAGAUUUAAAGGAUCUUUUCAAGCAAUGGGGUCCUGUCAUAUAUGCUAAAAUUACCAUGGAUCCUGUCACCAAGUUAUCUCGUGGUACAGGGUUUGUAUGUAUGCGUAAUAAAGAGGAUGUAGAUACUAUUCUGAAAGAAGCCGAAGAACUUCGUGCACUUUCCCAAAAAGAUGAAAACAGCGAUAAAGAUGCUAUCAACGAUCUAUUAUCGAAACGUGAAAAGAAGAAAAAGGGUCUUGUUUAUAAGUCUCUCAUCACAGCCGAACCAGGAUCUGGUAACAGUGCCAAGUUCACUCUUCAAGGUCGUGUUUUGGAUGUGACUUUGGCUGUCGAUCGUCAACAAGCAAAGGAAUUGAAAGAUGCCAAUGCCACACUAAAACGCAAAGAAGACAAGAGAAAUUUAUACCUUAUGCGUGAAGGUGUUAUUUUCCCUAAUACACCUGCCGCCGAGACCUUAACACCCGGCGAACUUAAUAAGAGACAACUUUCCUUCUCCAGCAGAAAGAAACUCGUUAGCAAUAAUCCAUCACUAUUUAUAUCCAAAACUCGUUUGUCUAUACGUAACUUACCGGUGAAAGUGGACGAAAAAGAAUUGAAGGCAUUAGGUUUAAGUAGCAUAUCUAAAUUCAAGAAUCAAGUGAAGGCAGGUGAAAGAGAUGACCUUAGCAAAGAAGAAAAAGCAGAAGGGUGGGAUAGACUACCCAAAGUGAUUCAAGCAAAAAUUGUCCGAAGUAAAGAUACAGUCGACAGUUCAGGAAAAUUGCGUUCAAAGGGUUAUGGUUUCUUAGAAUUUGCAACACAUGCGCAUGCAUUAGCAGCACUCAGAUAUUUGAACAAUAAUCCUGAUAUCUUCAACGGCAAAAGAUUGAUUGUCGAGUUCUCAUUGGAAAAUAAAGAAGUACUUGAUAGAAGAAACGCUUUCAAGUCGGAACAGCGAGCAGCGGCAGCAACAAGCUCAAGAGGUGUGAAAAGAAAGGCCCCCUUCAAGUCAUCAAAUACUGCAUCGACGUCUACCAUUAAUAGUCGAGACAACGAUAAAAAGAAUAACUCCUUCAAGAAAAGGAGAUUUGUAAAUAGAAAAAAUUAA